UCUUCCCCCUCCCCCUUUCCGCACACACUUGCUAGAUACAAAAGGUAAACUCUUCUUGCUGGACGACCCAGUUGAUUUGUCACAGAGCCCGACCGGGUAACUAUAGGCCUUUCUUUUGCCCUUCUUUUGCCCAACAAACCUUCUGUUUUGUUGUUGUUGUCCUCUACAACUGCCUCGUUAGCAUAAUUGGUCAUUGUUAUCCAUAGCCAAUCGCUUAUGGAUUACUAAAGUUAAAUGCUGUGCUGCAGCCUGAAACUUGGCUAAUCUUCAGCCCUUGUUUACGUCACUCGACCAGUAUUCUUCCACUGAUCAAUAACAUUUUAGCAUCUCCGACGUCCCCGAGCCUCGCCAGGAACCGCCUAUACAGUCACAAAAGCAGCGUGAUAACAAACGUCUACUGUAAGUGGAAUUGACUAUCGGUCGUCGAGGCCACCGGGUGGCCCGUUGGACAUACCUGCUGUCAACUUGAUUAUUUCCGAUGGCGCUCUACGUUACGCUAGUCAUUUUGAGCAAUUUGGCUGGUUACGGGAUUAUGGUGGCGGCAAUGGAAUUAUCCGACAUUCUACCGGAUCGAUUUAAUUAUGACAAAAUGCGCCCACCCAGACUGGAAGGUCAGCCAGCCAAGGUGUUCAAUCAUUUGACAGUAAUGGGGCUUGACUCCAUUAACGAGAAUUCAAUGACUUACAUGGCCGAUGUGUUUUACGUUCAGUCAUGGCGCGAUCACCGCCUCAGUCUUCCUGAAAACAUGACAUCCGAAUACAGGUUGUUGGACGUGGAAUGGUUGAAGAGCAUCUGGCGACCGGACUCGUACUUCAAGAAUGCCAAACAAGUGACUUUCCAGACAAUGACCAUCCCAAAUCAUUACUUAUGGCUCUACAGAGACAAAAAAAUCCUCUACGUCGUCAAGCUCACUCUGACUCUGUCGUGCUCCAUGAAUUUCGCCCUGUAUCCACACGACACUCAAGAGUGCAAGAUCCAAAUUGAAAGCCUAUCUCACACGACGGACGAUUUGGUUUUUGAGUGGGAAGAGGACGUACCUCUUGAUGUCUGGAAAAACAUCGAAUUACCACAGCUCCAGCUGGAAGGCAACUACACAAACGACUGCACGCAAGUCUAUGCCACCGGAAACUUCACAUGUCUGGAGGUGGUUUUCGUGCUGAAGCGUCGACUGGGUUAUUAUAUGUUUCACACAUACAUCCCAACCUGUUUAAUUGUUGUCAUGUCCUGGGUAUCGUUCUGGAUUAAACCUGAAGUUGCUCCAGCUCGGGUUACAUUGGGAGUCACCUCAUUGCUGACUUUGUCCACUCAGCAUGCCAAAUCUCAAGCAGCUUUACCGCCCGUCUCUUAUCUCAAAGCAGUAGACGCCUUCAUGUCAACAUGCACCAUAUUUGUUUUCAUGGCUCUAAUGGAGUACUGUCUUGUAAACAUCAUCUUGGGCGAUUCGGACACACCAAAAACUGCAAAUGAGCCUCCAAAACCGGAAAAAGUUUUCGACUUGGCCGCAAAGGAAAACGCUCGAAUGUUGAUGGGACAACCACCGAGACCACCAGGACCCACACCGGCUCAACGAGCAAGAAUAAGAGCCAUUCAAGUAGACCGCUUCUCUCGAUUCUUUUUCCCAUUCCUGUUUACUGUCCUAAACGGUUCUUACUGGGUUGUUUUUGCAUCUUAUCUUUAGAAUUGAUAAAAAAGGCAUCAUUGGAACGAAGCUUUAGUGCCACAAGUUACAAAUAUCCCUUAUUUGGUUUGUUUUCAUUCAGUAGUUAUGUUUGUCUGAAAUUUGAUUCUUCGAUGUAAUAUACUACGUUCGAUAACAAAGGUCCGCUAUCGACACCAGCCUUUCAAAAUCUUAAGUCUGUUCGAUUUUGCAAA